AUGACUGAUAACAAAGAGAAAUUAGAAAUUGACAAUGAAUCUAUAAAAGAUACAUUAGUGUAUUAUAAAGAAAAGUUAUUUAUUAAGUCAAAUAAACGCAAUACUGAAUAUUAUGAGAUGAUUAAGUUGAAAUAUAAUGACAUUCCUACUACUUUUGUAGUAUCAAAAGAAGGAUGUCCUUACUGUACUAAAACAUUUGUAAUAAUGAACUCUAAUGGUAUUAAAUAUAAAAUUUAUGAUAAGAUAAAAGACAAAGAGUUCAGUGAUUAUGUUAAAAAUGUAACUUCUCAUCAUACUUUUCCUAAAAUUUUCUUAAAUAAAACAUUUAUUGGCGGUCAUAGUGAAUUAACAAAUAUUAAUAUAAAUGACUUUAUUGAAUAA